GGCAAGUAGUCAAGGCUGUAGAGAGGGAUGUUGACUUCAUUUGAGCAGAACCGAAUCAUAGGCUACAGAAGAUGAAGUAUUCAGUAAUCUUUGACAGAAUGAAGCCGAUACCAAAUAUCACGUUACCGUCCUGGCCUGAAACGCACGUCACUUUUGUCAAGUUUGACUUUGACACUUUCGGAAGUCUUUCACUUUUUGGUUAUGUCGAGAUUGUCGAGACUCGAGAAUCAGAAUCUGAGAUCAGAAUAAAAAGUAUAGUAGUAUCAGUAUCAGUAUGUUAAAUCUGUACAAAAAUAUACGUAUCAGUCACCAGCCAGUAUUAAAACAAUGCAUUUGCAAGUUAUCCAGUGAUAGGGAUACAAAUUCACCCAGAAAAAUUAUUCCACAAGAUGAUGAAGUGAUGCCAAGAGUUUAUGAUAAAAAGGAAAUAGAUAAACUGAAAUGGAGAACCCCGUGGCACCAGAAAGAAGGCGAGCAUUAUAGUUUCUUGAGAACGUUUUACAAAGAGGAUAGUAAAAGAAGGCUGCUCCAAAGAUUACAGACACCCAUUGAUCUCUCACCCUCAGGAAUAAAGAAGUGGUGGGCAAAUAAAACUGAACUCAAGGAAAUUAUUCUUCAGUCAUACAUACCUGAGAGAAAUCAAACCUUGGGAAAUGAAUUGGCUGCUGCACAUUUUAUUGUACAUCGCGGAGGAGCUAUAAAGUUUUUUGAUGAAGAUGUCUGGAUCAAAGCUAAUGAGAUGAAUGAAUAUACUCUCCCUAGGUUUUUUGAUGAAGACAAGUUCCUGCAAGCAAUUGAUUGUGCUGACAUGAAACUUCACUAUGAAGGUUUGGUGAACUUGAGAGGCUUGAAGAAUGUGGAAUGGCUCAGUCUAAAUGGUUGUGAGCAUAUGGAUGAUUGGUGCUUAGAUAUGAUUAGUAAUAUAUUUAGUCAUAGUUUGUUAUAUCUAGACCUCAGAAAUUGUUCAAAUAUUUCAGAUAAGGGCAUAGGGGCACUGUAUAAAAUGGAAAAAUUGAAAAUUCUAUAUUUAGAUGAUUUUUUGAGAUCAACUACCUAUGAAUUAACUUGUUUGUUACUACAAGAAAUUAGACCAGAUUUGGAUAUCAGAAGUGAUCCUGUUACAUUUGACUUGAGUUGAUGAAAAUUAGUGAAAUUGAAUUUCAACUCUUCAGGAGUUUUUGUGAUAUUGUUGAUUGUAAAUUAUUGAAGGAUUGUUUCCUUUAAAACUACAGGAUUUUCAUUUAACUCAAUAUACAAGAUGUUCACUAAUUGAAUGCUAAUAAUAAGGUAAUUUCAAGAAGAAAAGUUUAAAUCAACAUAAUUAUGUCCUAAUCCACUCAGUUUUUGAGCAUCAGGGUGUUACAAUUUCAAGAAAAAAAUUUAUUUU